AUGGCGAGCAGCAGCGGCUCCAGGUCCGAAUUCAUUGCUGGAGGGAAGUAUAAGCUGGUAAAAAAGAUCGGGUCUGGCUCCUUCGGGAAAGUCUAUUUGGCGAUCGAUAUCACCAAUGGUGAGCAAGUGGCAGUGAAGCUAGAACCUCAGAAAGCGAGGCAGCCCCAGCUACUGUAUGAGAGCAGACUCUAUAAGCUUCUUCAGGGUGGGAUUGGCGUUCCCCGCGUAUGGUGGUAUGGUCAGGAAAAGGACUAUAAUGUGCUAGUCAUGGAUCUUCUUGGCCCUAGCCUCGAAGACCUCUUCAAUUUCUGUUCAAGACGGUUCACAGUGAAAACUGUACUCAUGUUAGCUGACCAGAUGAUCAGUAGACUCGAAUAUUUGCAUACAAAGGAUUUUAUACACAGAGAUAUUAAACCAGAUAACUUCCUAAUGGGUGCUGGGCCUCGCUGUAAUGUAUUCCUUGUUGAUUUUGGUUUGGCCAAAAGGUACAGAGACAGCAGGACAAAGCAACACAUACCAUACAAAGAAAAUAAAAGUCUCACUGGCACUGCUCGGUAUACUAGCCUCAAUUCACAUCUUGGUAUUGAACAGAGUCGCCGAGAUGACAUGGAAUCAUUAGGAUAUGUUUUGAUGUAUUUUGCUAAAAGCAGCCUGCCAUGGCAAGGAAUAAAGGCUGUAACAAUGAAGCAAAAAUACGAAAAGAUUUGCGAAAAAAAGAUGGCCACAUCUGUUGAAGCUUUAUGUAACGGAUUUCCCACAGAAUUUGCUACAUACUUAAACUAUUGUCGUGGUCUGUGCUUUGAGGAAGCCCCGGAUUACAACUACUUGAGGCAGCUUUUCCGCACUCUUUUCAGGACCCUGAAUUACCAAUAUGACUACGCAUUUGAUUGGAUAAUAUUAAAGCAGAGAGCAGCACAGCAGGCAGCUUCUUCAAGUGGGCAGGGUCAGCAGGCCCAAACCCCCACCCCCACAGGCAAGAAACCUCACACAAAAAAAGAGUAA